AUGGCCCGAGAUCGAUUAUCCGUGGAGUCGGAAACAAAUGAAUUACCGGCCCUAGUGUUAUGCCAUAUUGACCAAACGCUGCAUUUGCAACGUCUCGAGCUCCGAGACCAGACUCGAGACCCGACUCGAGACCAGACUCGAGACCCGACUCGAGACCAGACUCGAGACCCGACUCGAGACCAGACUCGAGACCCGACUCGAGACCAGACUCGAGACCAGACUCGAGACCAGACUCGAGACCCGACUCGAGACCAGACUCGAGACCCGACUCGAGACCAGACUCGAGACCCGACUCGAGACCAGACUCGAGACCCGACUAGAGACCAGACUCGAGACCCGACUAGAGACCAGACUCGAGACCCGACUCGAGACCAGACUCGAGACCCGACUAGAGACCAGACUCGAGACCCGACUCGAGACCAGACUCUUUUCUCAAACAAGUGA